AUGAAGGAAAUUCUGAGACUUCUAUCAGAUUUUAACAGGCUUCUCUCUUGCAGAGACGUUUUAAAGAAUGGUGGAAAUACCGUAGAUGCUGCUGUGGCUAUAGCUGCUGCCUUAAAUUUCACUGAACCGUGCAGUACUGGCAUAGGUUUGACCUGUUUCUGUCUCUGCUAUGAUGCAAACACAAAGAAGGUGCAAGGUUUGAGUGGAAGUGGCAGGUCUCCAGAGGCAUUGACCAUUGAGUUGUUAAAAGUGCAAGUUUUAAUGAGACAAAGCCUCUUCCUUCAUGCUCAUAAUAUCACUGUGCCAAGCACAACAGCUAGCUGGUGUGAAGCUGUUUCCCUAUAUGGAAGCAAAAAGAUUCUGCAAGCUGCUAUCAAAUCAGCUGAGAAAUGUUUUCCUGUGUCAGAGAUUACUGCCUAUCAUUGGAAAUGUGGUGCUCAUGUAUUACAAGCACCUGGAAACAAACCUGGGAAAGAGCUACCGAAUCAUGGCUACACUCCUCAUCAUGGACAAGGGAUCUGCAAUCCAUUUUUGGUCAACACCUUUGACAUAAGGAAAUCUGUGUUUAGAUUACAGUCCCUGGGAUAUUUGGAACAACUGAGUAACCAAUGGGAGCUGACAAAAUCUGGCAAAAGAAGAUUCUAUGCAGGUUGUGUUGCAGAAGCUAUUAUAGAAAGCGUUCAGAAAAACGGAGGAAUAAUGGAUUUAGAAGAUCUCAAAAGCCAGGUCAGCGAUGAAGUCAAACCAAUUUACAAGGAUGUGAAUGUUUGGGAAAUCCCUCCAGAUGGACAAGGAAUCACAGCUUUGACAGCCCUGCACAUUUUAGACAAUUUUAAUAUUAAAGACAUUGGCCAUAACACUGCUGACUAUUUACAUGUGCUGAUUGAAGCCUUAAAACUCACCUUCUCUGUUACUUUCUGGUUCUGUGUUGACCAUGACACAUUUCCAAUACCUACAAAAGAACUUCUUUCUAAAACAUAUGCCAAAGGAUGCUUGGAGGUAGUUAAAUUCCAAAAAGCCAGUGACAAAUAUAAUAAAGGAAAUUUGCUACUGGUAGGAAGUGACACAGUUUACUUCACUGUGUUCAAUGGUCAAGGCAAUACCUCCUAUGUCAUCAACAGCAACUAUAUGGGCUUUGGCAUAGGACUGGAACUAGGUGGCUGUGGAUUUACUUUACAAAAUAGAGGAUCCAGUUUCUCACUAUCUCCAAGUUACCUGAACUGCCUCGCCCCGAGCAAAUGGCUGUACCACAUGAUCAUUCCUGCCCUUGCUACUGCGGCAGACACUGGGGACCUCUUGUGCUCCUUUGGAAUAAUGGGUGGGUUCAUGAAGCCUCAAGGACACAUGCAGGAUAUAAGUAAUGUAAGUCCUUUGGAAGGUGCAUUAGAGAUUGAAAGAGAAAAUAAACUAAAGGAGAGAGAAAAUGAAUUGCCAAAAGUGCCCUAA